CCUCAACCAAACUCAGCUCUCCAGCAUGGCGCCAUGGAUUCGAAAAAUAUGCAGUCGUGAUUUCGCAGUGUCAAGCUGAUUUCCUCCGGUCCCUUAUAUGCUGCCGCUUCCCAACUCUCGCUAACAUUUUCUUUCUCGAUACCUGACGCAUCAGCCAGUCCACCCACACUCGUUAACUUCUUUCGUUCACCGGUUCCUACCAUGAAAGGUACCAGUUUUUUUGUUCUUGCUGGGCUUGCCGCCUUCGCACAGGCAGGCCGGCUUCCCCUUUGCUCGGCAAUUUGUUUGACCGAUGCCAUCGCCACCACAGGCUGCAAAGCCAGCAACACACAAUGUAUCUGCGCGUCAGAGACUUUCAUGUCGGCCGUUGCUGAGUGUGUCGAGCAAAGCUGCACCGGAGACGACAAAGCUUCCACUCUCGAGACUGCCGAGCAAUUCUGCUCAGCUGCUGGUGUCCAUAGCCAGCUAAAAAAGCGUGAAGCCGACCCUGAGCCUGCGCCAUGGGGACGACCAGGAAAGGGUUUGGCCAGUAGUCGCUUCAGGGGAAGGCCGUUUGGCCACAAUGGCUGGAGCUGGGGCUGGUGGGCAAAGGGCUCAUCCAACAAGCCCAAGGCGUCCACUCCAGUUGAAUGGGUCCCUAACUUUGAAUCCCAUGGUAAUGAGUGGUGGAAGGAGCAGAGUGCCAAGUGGUGGAAGGCCAACGGCGCCAAUUGGUGGAAGGCCAACGGUCAUCACUUCCAGGGUCCCGAAUGGUGGAAGGGCAAGAGUGCUCACUGGUGGCACGAGAACGCUGGCCACUGGUACAAAGGUCCGUCCUCAAGUGGAGGAAGCUCAAAGGGAGGAAACAACUGGUGGCCAAAACCCUCUCCACCAAAGGCACAGCCAACGUGGUCACCUUCACCAUCACCAACGCCAACAGAGGCUCAGCACACCAAGCCAACUCACCACCCUCACAAACCAACUGAUCACCCAUCCAAGCCAACGCAUACUGCACCCCCAACAAGCACUGAGACUUGGACCCCUUACAAGCCCACAACACAGCCUGUGCACACAGUACUCCCUGAUCUUCCUUGGCAAGAUUGGUGAUUUCGUCGACCACAUCGACGGGGAGUUAGGACUGAUGGAUUAUGGCCACACUUCGAAAUUCUUUCUGGAGGCAUAUUAGGCAGCAUGUUCUGCAUUUAAUUUCUCGUAUUGAUCGUGCUCGUUGCACGUGAAUGAAACCAGUUUAUUGACGCUUA